AUGUGUGAUUACGAUUUCAUAUUUGAAUUUUUAGUAAUUGGUGAUUGUAAUGUUGGAAAAUCAUCNUUUGUAUAUCAAUAUUGCGAAAACUUUAAAACCAAAAUAAGAAGUAGAGAACGUGGUGAUGGUAAUACAUUUAUACCUAAAUUAAUAAGAGUUGAUGAUAAAAAUUGUUUUUUAAAAUUUGUUAAAUAUUAUAAAAGAGUAAAUUGUUUACCAAAUUAUAGAUUUAUAAAUAUAGCGGAUUGUAUAUUUAUACUAUUUGAUGUUUGUAAUAGAGAAUCAUUUGAUAAUGUUGGACAUUAUUAUAAUGAAAUUUUAAAAUAUUCAAGUGAAAAUUUAUUAAUUACAUUAAUUGGUUGUAAAGCUGAUUUAUUAAAUAGAGAAGUUGACCAAAAUGAAGCAUUAGAAUUUUCCAAAAAACAUAAUAUACCCUAUUUUGAAGUUAAUAAUUUUUCACCUUCAGAAAUUGAAAAGAAUGUUUAUCAACAAAUCUCACAAACUAUUCUACCAGAACUUGUAAAUAUUAAUUCAACUACUCAACCUAUAACUGAAAAUCAACAUCCCCCAACUAAACCCCACUCUCCUCCAAUUAAAAAUAGUUUUUUCAAAUUUUGGAUAAAAAACAAAUAA